AUGGAAAAGCACAACUAUUUGGCAAAUAAUAUCUACAAUGUAGAUGAAACCGGAAUUAAAGUCGUUCCGUCAAAGAUGCCGGAAAUAUUGGCCAAAAAGGGAAAACUACAAAUAGUUGCGACAACUUCAGCUGAGAGAGGAUCAACAGUCACUUGUGUGAUGUGUAUGAAUACCAGUGGCACAUUUGUUCCGCCGAUGAUGAUCUUCCCUCGCAAACGUGACCAUCCUCUUUUAAUGAAAGGGGCUCGACCUGGUGCAAUUCACGCCUGCCAUCCAUCAGAGACGUCAAUAAAGACAAAAAGUGAAGCAGAAUCAAAGAAAAAAAGAAACGUUACGAAGAAACUAGAGGAGCUAAAUGAAAAGAAGGCAGAAGGAAGAGAAAAGAAGGGGAGUGUUGUAGGUCAGAAGCAGAAGAAGUUUGCACCAAAGAAAAGGUCAAAAAGCAACAGAAAGCAAUUAAAAAAGACUAAACAAAUAAAAAUACCAAACAAGGUUAAUAGAGCAUCAUCUAUGUCCGAUCGAAGUCAACAACAUAAUGCAAAAUGUUUAUAUUGUGACAGUCUCUUCUCCGAUGAUACUCAAGGAGAACAGUGGGUACAAUAUUCUUCUUGUGAGCAAUGGGCACAUGAAGAAUGUGCUGGUGUCGAUAGUGUCCACUUCUUAUGUGAAUUUGGCGGACAAGGACCUCAGUUUAAAUGUGGAGGAACUAUAAUAAAUGAAAGAUACAUACUCACAGCUGCGCAUUGCAUCAGUAAAUUGAAUGACCCAUUAUUAGGUGUCAGAGUAGGAGAACACAACAUACUAACAAGAACAGACUGUGAAAUCAUGGUAAAUGGACAAAGGAAGUGCUCAGGUCCAGUUCAAGACUUAGCAAUUGAAGAAAUUCUUCCCCAUCCUCGUUUCAAUCCCAACGUCAUACAAAAUGAUAUUGGACUUCUGAGGGUAUCCAGGAUGAACUUGAAUGUUGAAAACGUUCGACCGGUUUGUUUACCCAUCGACAAUUCAAGAGAUGCAAAGUUCAGAUACGCAACAGUCACGGGUUGGGGAGUCACCGAUUCAGGUCAAAAUAGUAUGGUUCUUCAAAAAGUAGAGUUGCCCAUCGUUAGCUUAGAGGAUUGCAGAAACGUCUACAAAUCUGAACCAAAAGCUAACAUUAACUACUUACAACUUUGCGCUGGAGGAAGAGAUAAAAAGGAUUCUUGCCCAGGAGAUAGUGGAGGACCUCUACACGUAGCAGCUUAUAUCAAUGAAGCAACACGAUAUGUUCAACAGGGUGUUGUGUCAUUUGGACCACGGUUUUGUGGCCUGGAAGGUUAUCCGGGAGUGUAUACCCGAGUGGCCUAUUAUAUGGACUGGAUUUUGGACACGAUAAGACGUUGAAGUAACAGAAGACGCGAUAAGAUGAAUUAACUUAUCAGCUGAAUUAAAAGUGCUAUAUCUAUAUAUUUAUUUGAAUGUCAUAUUUGGCCUGUGUUCUAUUCGAAAGGUUCAAUUCAGUAUUUUUGAAACUUGUUUUUGAACCUUAUUUUCUAUGUAUGUGUUGUUCUCUUAAAAUCUUAGAGAAAUUGAUCUGACGCAACCGUUUCAAGGAGUCAUAUCAUCAAAAUAGACUGGAUCUCAUUUUUUUAUUGUGUACAACGAAAUAAGAAAUUCAAACAAGUGGAUGAAAUAAAAAGGUAUUAGUAGCUCGAGUAUAAUACUACAUCUGUGUCUUGUUUCUUCAUUUAUUUAUACUAGCCUUAUAGUUUCAAAUAAGAACUUGAAUCGUUAUUUGUUUUAUCAACGUAUAUAUUCUUCUUAUUAUUACAAUAUAUUGAUCUGUAUGA